AUGGAGCAGCACUUGGGGAAUGCAACGUCAAGCGGCACCUUCUUUCACCAACUGUCAGAUCUGUGGAAGAGCCCCAGGGGAGCUGUGAUCCGCAUCCAGGCAUUGGCGAUGGUGGCUAUUGUUUGGACCUUCUUCCUUGCAGCAUUCGGGUCCUGCCGCCGCUGGUCCAACCACUGGUUUUUCCAAAAGGGCUUCUUGGUUGCAACUGGGUUGUCAUUGUCCGUGGGCACAUACUGCAUUGGCUUGAUGCAAACUUCAUCGGUGAAGAGCGAGAUGUACCCUAUCUGGUGUGUAUCCUUGUUCACCCUUUUCGGCUGCGUCGACUCAGCAACUAGCUACAGUCUGGACCACAAGGGCCCGCUCUGGAAGAUGAUCUUUCAGCUUUUCCUCUACUGUGGAUACGUGCUGCUAAUUAGUUUCUCAACCAUCUCCAGUAACGUUGGUAGGAUAGCAAUCGGCAUGCUGUCCGCCAUCACCUUCGUCAAGGGCUUCCAUAGGUCACUGGCCCUGGUGCUGCCAAGCAGACUGCGAGAGAAGAUGAGUGUGCUAAUACACACUAGGGAAAGAGAUUUUUUCAGAGUGUUUUUUAAUGAGCCUGAGAGAAGGUGUAUGUAUCAGGUGGAUUGGUCCCUUGACAAGGAAGCUGGUAAUGAUCCAAUGAUCAGAUUUUCUGAUAUAUGGGACUGCAUGAAGACUGCGCAGGUGUCAGAUUUCGCUACCUACAGGGAUGUGUGCUUCUCCAUCGCUCUGUCCUUUAUGAUGCAGGCGCGUUUUUUUGGGCAGAUGAAGGACUAUGGGCUCCGGUCUCUUAAAGAGGUUGACUUGGGAUGGCUUUUGGCGACAAGGGAUGGAACCAUCGGCUACGAGUGGGGCUUCAAAGUGAUCGAGCUAGAGUUGGCCUUUCUGUAUGACCUGUUCUUCACCAGCAAUGCAUUUGUUCACUAUUAUCAAGCAAGAGCUGCAACCAUUUGGUCGUUCGCUUCCGUCAUCGGGAUAUGCUUCGUUGGAGUAGCUGCUGCCAUACCUGGGACGUGGAGGACUUCACCUUCUACUAACGGUGGAGGUGGUGGUAGUGGCGACACCAUCGUGGUGGACACUACAGUAGCAGACCUUACUGUCACUCUUGUCAUACUAUCAUCCCUGGCUUGCCUGCAAGUACUGCAAUUGCUUUUCUCUUGGUCCUCAAAUUGGUCGAGAGUGGCCUUGGCUUGCGAUUACGUAAGGGCUAAAAGACGCAGCAGCUGUGGAGAUGACCCAGUCAGGCCCAACCGCCGGAUGAAAGUAAAGGCGUUUCUUCAGCGGAGGGUCAAUAACCUGUUCGAAAGAUACUCAUGGCAAAAUAAGCUAGGGCAGUACUCGUUAAUGGAUUCUGUAUCAGUCCGCAGGAGAGAACCCAGGGGCCCCUGCGUUACUGCUGGUACAAGGAUCGAAUCGACACUGUGGAAAAAGCCCAAGAAAUCGUGUGCCCGUCUCUUAGAGGUGCUUGGAUUCAAGUACGUUGAACGAGCGCUCCAGGAAUUGUGGAGCAGCGGUACAGGAGCCGCCGUUGAGUUGCAUCCGGAUGUGAAGGAAGCCAUCGCUGGAUUCCUCAGUAAGCUCAGGCCCGGUGCGUCGUCAGUGAGGAACUGGCAAUCCUUGUUGGAAGCAAACGGAGUGCAUGAUUACUUUCUAGAGAAGGGAGUGCGCGAUUAUGUAUGCCUUCGCCUUGAGAUUAACGCUGCUGAUCCCUACUCCAUUCUGAAGUGGCACAUCGCGACAUGGUACUGUGAAGAGUGCGGCUCGUCACGAGGCGGCGGGGGCGACGGGGGAUCGUCGUCGUCGGUGGAGAAGAACCACCGCGUCGCCACAACCCUGUCCAGGUACUGCGCGUACCUGUGCGUCUCGGCGCCAGAUCUACUCCCUGGGGACAACAGCCGCGGUCUGGGCAUGUACCGCGCCGCUGCACGGUCUGCAUCGCGACACUUGUAUGGGAAGGACACGUUGGAGGCAAUGGAAAGAGCGCCUUCCAUGCGCGUAGCCCACUGGUCCUUGCGAGAGGGUGUGAGCUUGGGGAAGGAACUCGAGGAGAAGAUGUCUGUGACCGAGCGCUGGGAGGCGCUGGCAAAGGUCUGGGUCACCAUGCUGGUCUACGCCGCGCCGUCCAACAAAAUGGAGGUGCACAUAAGGCACCUCGCGCAGGGUGGCGAGCUCAUCAGCCAUGUCUGGGCUCUGCUGACCCACGCCGGCAUCACAGGGUGGCCGGAUGAUCUGUUCCAACGAGACACAUCCGACGAAGAACCGGAAGACGACAUCUCUCACGAGGAUACCACUGAUGAGCGGGAAGAAGAUGAUGACGAGGCCACUGUGUAAUCCAUAGAGCCUAUCUAAUUUGGAAUUGACAUUGUAGAUUUAAACCA